AUUGCUGGACCGCACUCCACUCUUUGAACAUAAAGUUUCACGAGGGCUCCUAUCAUCUGAUGUGCUUCUGUCGUCUUCUUAUACCAUAUUUUCUUGAAUUAUUGUUAAACCAUUCAUUCAACUUACUCGCUCUUCUUGCGUCCUUCCUUGGCUCUCUCUCCAUUCUCUGCAUUCCUCUCUCUAAUCUCCCUUAAUUGCGCGAGUAUGGAUCCUGCCAAGGUGUUAGAAACUCUAUACACUUUUCCGGUGGAGCGAAUACUAAAUUCGGUCGCUUCACUUGCUGCUCAAGAAAUCAGUCUUUUCCGAGGAUUCAAAAAAGAGCUAACUAAGCUUCGUCAAUCGGUAUUUGCAAUUCAAGACUUCUUAGGCGAUGUUUCGUUCCAGCCACGUCAAAGGGGCAAGGAGGUGGAGGACUGGGUGAAGAGACUGAAAGAGGUAGCUCUUGAUGCUGAUGAUGUAUUGGAGGACAUCAACUACGAAGUUCUCAGGCGUAAAGUAGAAAUUCAAAACCACAUGAAGAGGAAGGUACUUAACUUCUUUUCGCUCUCCAAUCCCAUUUUAUUUCGUCAAAAGAUGGCCCACAAGAUUAAGAACAUCAAUGCGUCACUGGCGAAACUCAAAAGCGAUGCAGCUUCCGUCGGCUUAAUGGAAAGGAGAGUAGAUCAAAACCCUCCAGGUAUGGGGAACAGAGAAACCGUCUCAUUCUUCGGUCGCGAUGAGAAGCCCAUCGGAAGGAAGAAGAUUGUGUCGGAUAUCAUUGCAGCCUUGAUCGAGUCCAAGAAUCAGGAAGAGUACCUUUCAGUUAAGGCCAUUGUGGGAAUGGGAGGACUCGGCAAGACGACUUUGGCAAGAUCAAUAUUCAAUGAUGAUGCUAUCGGUAGACAUUUUGAGAAAAAAAUGUGGGUUUGUGUGUCUGACCCUUUUGAUGUUAACUCGAUUCUAAAUCGGAUGUUAGAAUCCCUUAACUCAAACAGGACAGGACUUAUAGCUCGGGAAGCAUUGCUGACUGACCUCAAAAAAGGGUUGACAGGGAAGAGGUAUAUUCUAAUACUCGAUGAUGUUUGGAACGAAGAUGACGAGUUAUGGAGUGAUUUUACGAGUUGUUUGUCGAGACUCAAUUCUGCUCCCGGAAGCAUUGCCAUUGUUACUACCCGCAUUGGUAAAGUUGCAUCAAUCACAGAGACAAUGCCAAGGUGUGAUAUGGAGAGCCUAUCAGUAGAUGAUUGUUGGUCCAUAUUAAAGAGUGAAGCAUUCCCAAAUGGUGCUUUUCCUUUAGAUCCAACUCAAGAGAACAUUGGAAGGGCCAUAGCUGCAAAGUGUGUUGGUGUACCAUUGGUGGCAAAGGUUUUAACUGCUGAGUUCGUAUCGACGAGGAUAUAUAGCUAAUCUUAGUAUUGGUGGCUACUUUUAAGGGGCUAUUGGUGCAAUGAUGGAGAUGCAAAAAGCGAAUACUGUUCAUUGGGACAGUUAAUGUUCGCUGGGUGGAUAGCAUAGUGUAUUGCUUGGGGGAGGUUUCACACGGUGGAGUUGCUCUAAAAGGCUGAGCCUCCUGAGCAAAUCAUAUGGACUG